AUGAGUCGGUCUGGCAACACCGAGUUGGAAUCGAUAGAAGCUCAGGUAGAAGACGAGGACGACGAGGACUAUGUCGAUGAGGAUGAAGACGACGAGAUGUACGGUUCUGAGAUGGUCCGAGAGAGGUACAAGCCUUCGGUUACUGCCCCGCAGGAAAAGGGCAUGGAGCUACUUUUUGGUGGGGAGUUUGGAAAGAUCCAUCAUCAGCUGCAGUCCCGCGCUGGCCUUAACAACCUCGCACGAAACGUGAUAUCAAGGUCUCUGAGUUCUCGUCCAAUGCGGAAGGAGGAUCUAGCAUGUGACUUGAUUCCCAACUCUAGUGGCACUGCGGUUGCAUCCUAUGACUCAAACGCUUAUGUGGGACAGUAUUCAUCCGAUUCCACAUUCUAUUAUACUUGCGGGAGAAGUUUUAAAAUUCACGUAUACGAUACCACCAAACCGCUUCGGACCGACCUCCGCCAAGUUCGUGGCUCCCGCGAUGGGCACGCGACUUCUAUGGAAGUCAUCAAAACAGUCAACGCCGUGCCCGGUGGAUGGACUAUCACCGAUUCUCAUCUCAGUCCUGACAAUCAGCGGAUGAUAUAUGCUUCUGUUACGAACGUCGUCCACAUGACAUCUACAGCAGAUUCGUCAGCAGAGCAAAUACCAAUAGACUUCAGUGACCCGUCACCAAGACGAGGGCGCAGGAAUAUUGGUGCCCAUUGGUACGAGCGAGACGAUUGCAGCAUAUGGAGCUGCAAGUUUUCGGCGGAUGGCUGUGAGGUCAUCGCUGGCGGGAGCAGUAACAUAUUCGUCUAUGAUCUCCUCGCAGAUAGGCGAACUGUCAAGAUAGAUGCACACACUCAGGACGUGAAUAGCUGCUGCUGGGCGGAUACCGCUUCUGGAAAUGUCCUCGUCAGUGCGUCUGACGAUACUUUCGUGAAGGUUUGGGAUCGUCGGUCAUUAUCCAACAAGAAACCCUCGGGAGUACUCAUAGGAAAUACAGAAGGCAUCACCUAUGUGUCUGCCAAAGGCGAUGGCCGGUAUGUCAUCUCCAACGGCAAAGAUCAGAUCCUUCGGCUUUGGGACCUUCGCAUGAUGAGAACCAAUCAUGAGUACGAGGAAGUCGCGGACAAGCAAUAUGGCAUCCCCCACUACGACUAUCGUGGUGACCGCUAUCCACACCAGAGGUACAAAGCCCACCCACUGGAUUGUAGCGUCAUGAAGUACACCGGUCACAGCGUACUUCGUACCCUCAUACGGUGUCACUUUAGUCCUACGGAGACCACCGGCCAGCAAUACAUUUACUCGGGUUCUGCUGAUGGUCGCAUUCAUAUAUGGUCGCUCGAUGGACGGGUCGUGCAAGUACUCGAUCGUUCCUUCACCUUGCCCAUAGGCCUGGACCCAUCCGAUGUAGACGUCGGUGACUUCGCUCAAUCGAGGGUACAGCCAUGUGUUCGAGACGUCAGUUGGCACUCACAGGCGAGUCAACCUAUCCUCAUGAGCACGGGAUGGCUGGGGGUUAACUGGGGAAGGUCAGAUGGUAGCGUUGUUGCGCGGCAUGAGUGGAAGGGGUUGACGAAGAUCCGCGGCGGUCUGGAAGAUCUCGUAGAGCGGGAAAGGUUGGAGCGGGGUGGCCAAUCGCGCACUUUGCGACAACGUAUGCCAGGCGCCUUUGAACCCGAAUCCCCCUUGUCGGAUGGUACCAUGCUCGUCACCUCGGAUAAAGAAGCUCGCAUAGGCACUCCUGUUCCCCCACUCGAGGCGGACCUAAACAACCAUGGAUUCCCGCGCGGUUACUUCAUGCUUCGGUCGAUCGGGACUGACCGUGUUCUCGACGUUACCCAGGGCUUCAGCGAAGACGGCACACCCGUCAUUCUCUGGCCAUCCACGGAGAGCUCUUUGGUGGACUCGAUGAGGCGUCCAGAGUGCAACAACCAGGUCUUCUUCAUCGAUACCUCCGGAGCGCUGUGCUCGCGAUCUGCGGGGCAUGCGAUAGAUAUCGAAGGCGAGAGCCCCGUGGUCCGCCACCGGAGGCCCGUCAGCCUUCCAUUCCCCAACGCACACUCCCACCCGCUUCCCCGCUUUGCAUACAACCCCGACACGAAGGAGAUCACUGUUGUGUUCACCGUCGACCCCGCCCUCCGCGGGGACGCGGACGCUGCCGGUGCAGGUGGGGACGCCGCGACGGCGUCGGCGGGCGCGUGGAAGGAGAAGACGUACUACCUGAGCUCGGUGCCCGUCCGGAAUCCGCCCACGAUGAUCGCGAACGCGUCGACGCUGCUCACCUCGGCGGUCACCAGCUCGCUCUCGCUCUUCGGCGUCAAGCAGACGAACGCGACCCCGGAGGAGAUCUUCGACGGGCAGAUCGACCUGACGGAGCACGAGAUCGCGGAGCAGGACCGCAACGAGGCCGAGGAAGUGGACGAUUCCGUGGACGCGCUCCGCCCGGUCAAGGUCGUUGGGCUCACGGCGGAGGAGGCGAGGAACGCGAGCGGGUCCGCGAGACUCCGCCGGCAGUGGGAGGUCCUCCCGCUGCGGAACAACAGGCACCGCACUGGGGCGUCGCGCUGA